UUUCGGAAUGUAAUAUAGCAUUGACACAGUUCUAUUUUAACUGGUAACGUGCUAGUUAUAUUUGGGAACUCAUUAGGUCACUCAAGUUGGUAGAUAAUUAGUAUAAAAAGAAAUAAUUAUUAUUGGUAAGCGACAUUUAAAACAUUCCUCAUUUUGUCUAUGGUUCGCGUCUUUCUCGCAACGAACUUGCGUUGCGAGAGAAACCUUUCAUAAAGUUUUUGGGUCAUUUUGAUCCUUUUUAAUGGCUGCGGUAUUACGCGGUUGAAUGUGAAAUUGGGUUCAAAUAUGAGUGAUUAUUCUUCUAUGGCUACGCUUCAAAACAAUAGCCACACGGCAGGAUUUGCGGCUGCGGUACAACGUGCUAGAUUGGUUGCAGCUAAACUAGAAGGGGGUGGCAGUAAGAGGCCCCUGGAAGAAGGUCCCGAACCGAAUGCUAAGAAAGUUGCAUCUGUGGAAGUACCAUAUCAGCCUCCACAAAUGAGUGCACCGAGCGCAGCACCAGCGGCGAGCCGAGCAGCCCCAGCGGCCGCGGCCGCGCCCCCGCCGCCCCCCAGCGCGGCCGGCAACCUCAUGCCCGACCAGACCCUCAAUGAAUACAUCCGAGUACCAGACAAGAUGGUUGGACUCAUAAUCGGGCGUGGCGGUGAGCAGAUCACUCGCCUGCAGGCGGAGUCGGGAUGCAAGAUACAGAUGGCGCCGGACUCUGGCGGCCAGCCCGACAGGCUGUGCACGCUCACUGGAUCACGGGAGGCUAUACAGAGGGCCAAGGAAUUGGUGAACCAAAUCGUAAACCACCGUGGACGUGAGAACGCUCCCCAGCACCCUGAGAACCAGGGAGGCGGCGGUGGCAUGCCACCCAUGCAGCGAGGAGCCGGCGGUGGCGGCGGCGGCGGCGCCAUGACGGGCAACGUACCGAUCGGACGCGCGGAUUGGGUGCAAAAUUGUGACGACGAAAUUAUGCUGCCUGGUCCCAAAGUGGGUCUGAUUAUUGGCAAGAACGGGAAAACUAUCAAGCAACUGCAGGAGCAGUCGGGAGCGAAGAUGGUAGUCAUUCAAGAUGGACCCAACACAGAAUAUGAGAAGCCGCUGCGUAUAUCAGGUGAUCCGGCGAAGGUGGAGCACGCGAAGCAGCUGGUGUACGAGCUGCUGGCCGACAAGGACAUGCAGCAGGGCGGCGGCGGACCCAGGCCGCCGCAGUACGACGACCAGUACCAGGGACACGAUCAAGGAAACGGACUCGCUACUAACUCCACUGAGGUCCUUGUACCAAAAAUAGCUGUGGGCAUCGUGAUCGGUCGCGGCGGAGACAUGAUCAAGAAGAUCCAAGCUGAGACUGGGUGCAGGGUGCAGUUCCAUCAGGAGAGAGAUGACGGCCCAGGAGACAAAAGAUGUUACCUGCAAGGUAAGCCGCACCAAGUCGACCAGGCACGGCAGAUGAUUGAAGAUCUCAUCUCUAGUGUUAAUCGUCGUGAGCAAGAAGUGCGCAGUGGUCGCGGCCGCGGGGGCUCGGGCCAGAGGAACGGAGACCGCGCCGGCGGGGACUACGCGCAGUGGCAGGACGGACAGGAGAUACGGGUCACCUUCACCGUCUCCAACGUCAAGUGUGGGCUCAUUAUUGGCAGAGGUGGUGAAGUAAUCAAACAGAUUAACGCGGCGUCCGGCGCACACUGCGAGUUGGACCGUCGCGCGCAGGGCUCCGACAGGAACAACAGGACCUUCUACAUCAGGGGACACCCCGAGGCAGUCGAGCACUGCAAGCGGAUCAUUAUGGAGAAAGUCGGCAUGCCGGUGAACUUUAUAAACGAGGGCAACGGAGGCAAUGGCGGCGGCAACGGCAAUGGCAACGGGAACGGAGGCAACGGAGGCGAGUACUACGGCGGCGGCGCGGCCGGCCCGCCCGCCUGGGGGUACAACCCGCACUGGCACCAACCGCAGCAACAACAGAACCCACAGCAACAGGUUCAGAUCAACCCUGCGACUGGCCAGCCCGACUACUCCCAGCAGUGGAUCGACUACUACCGCUCGCUGGGACUCGUGCACGAGGCAGAGGCCAUUGAACAACAGGCCAAGCAGCAGAAGCAGGGAGGAGGUGGCAUGGACGGCAGUGGAGGUGGUGGCACCCCUCCCGCGUCGGCCGCGGGCGGUAGUGUAGCGGCGGCGGGCCCGGGCUCCGCCCCCGCAGCCCCCGCUAGCGGGGCGCAGCCCGACUACAGCGCGCAGUGGGCCGAGUACUACCGCAGCAUCGGCAAGCUCAAGGAGGCCGAAGCCAUCGAGGCACAAAUCAAACUUAAGUCUAGUGGUGGCGGCAGUAGCGCAGGCUCGGCGGGCAGCAGCGGCGGCGGCGGCGCUAGCGGCGGCGCGGGCGCGGCGGGCCAGUACGCGCAGUACGGCGUGUACGCGCCGCAGGUGUACCCGGCCGCCUACCAGCCCUACCCGUACGCCGCGCAGCCCGCGCCCGACCACCAUCAAUAGGCCAGAGCCGACGGAGGGCCAGGAGACCUGCCGGCGCCUGACACCCCCGUUGUACAUUAUGAUGAAAUAGAUUAUAACUUGGAAAAAGAGCGCAUCAUACAACUACUCCAAAGCCUAGCUGACGACCCACAAUAAAUAAGUUUCAGUUGGCGCGCGGCUUUAGAUCUGAGUCGACUUCUAGUGGAUAUUAUGUUAUAUAUAGCUUCAGACAGAUGUUUCAGCCGUGUGAUCUGAUUUAACGUUUUAAUUAUUAUUUAUGAUUGUAAAUAAACUCUAAUAGAAUUUUCGGCAUCCAUUUCGUGGUCCACUCAUAUCUAAAUUCCCGUAAUCACGAUCAGACAGCACAUAGGCAUACCACGUAUUUAUUUCUUGUGGGUAACUAACACUUAAAUAUUGUCAACAAAACGUAUAUGAUGAGAUUAUUUUACGAACACUUAUUAUUUUAACUUACGGCUGUGUGGUUUAUUCAUUUAACUGUGUUAUAUCAUGUUCUAUUUAUACUGAAAUGUUAUGAUUGCUUAUGUGCCAAUAUUGAUAAUUUGACAUGCCAGUCUGUCCAGGUAUAAGUUAGAAAGCCACACUGCCUUAAAAGAUGUAACAGAAUGAUCCGACCUACCACGGAGCUAUAGAGAGAAUGAACGAAAAGCGGACUUCACGCCGCGAGGAGCCGAGGUAAAUGCACUGUGCUGAGUGACUAGUUGACACACGCAUAUUGUCUUAUAAAUACAUGUGUAAUAUCCACGUGAAUUUGGAGAUCGGCUAAUUAUUUUUCCAGAAAUCAGUAAGAAAUCAUGAAACAGAACUCCCAAUUCAUGUAAUGAACUAUGUUUAGCAUAAGUUAGGUUAUAUGUUUGGCGUCACCUCUCUCUGGACAGCUCGUAGGUUGUAAUGCUGAUGUCAGUGAUGUACGGUUAUAUAUAGGCUCAGUUUAAUUAGGUGUUAGUCUAUAUGAGAAAUAAAUGAGAUAAAGGUAAUGUAACGCUAUCUACAUUCCUCUCGACACUGUUCAAUUAUAGUUCGACGCGGUACUCGCGCGCGACUCGGCACCGAGGGCGACAGCUCCCCUCAGACUUGUAUUAAUUUUUAAGCAUAUAAAGUGUAUAUUGAUUCACUAGA